AUGUCUUCAUCCCUCACCUAUCUCAUCACCGGAGCCAACCGUGGUAUCGGCAAAGGCUUCACCUCAACCCUUCUUCAACGCUCGAACACCACUGUCAUUGCUGCAGUUCGAGAUGUCGCAAAGUCUACUCCUGAACUCGAGUCCCUCCCCCAGGCUUCAGGCUCCAAGCUCAUCAUCGUCAAGCUCGACUCAUCCGUCGAAGCGGACCCCAAGAACGCAGUCGCUGAACUGCAGUUAAAGCACGGCAUCACCUCUCUCGACAUCGUGAUUGCCAACGCCGGAAUCGCGCACUCGGGUUCUACUAUCGCCAACACAUCAUCUGACGCGCUCCGCGACCACUUCGCAGUCAACACCAUCGGCCCCAUCCUCCUCUUCCAGGCCGUCAAGCCCCUACUACAAGCCAGCAAAUCCGGCAACCCCAUCUUCCUUGCCAUCUCCACAGUGAUCGGCAGCAUCGGCGCUCAGGCGAUGCUUGCUGGCUUUCCCCAAGUCUUCAGCCCUUACGGUGCUAGCAAGGCCGCGUUGAACUGGGCUUUCGCCAGGAUCCAUUUCGAGGAGUCGUGGCUGACAGCGUAUGUCACUCAUCCUGGUUUGGUCUUGACGGAUAUGGGAAGUGGCCUGGCUUCGCCGGAGGAGCUCAAGGCUGCGGGUGCUAUUACUGUUGAGGAGAGUGUGAAUGGUGUUUUGAGCACGUUGGAUAAGGCGGAUAGGGGUAUUUCGGGAACAUUCCAGAACUAUGAUGGAACUACGCUGCCAUGGUGA